CUAUCCGUGCAAUCCGUCACUGACCCUACACAUCUGUUAGUUGCGUUCGAAGUUGACGACGCGUCUCGAGAAGUGUCGCGAUAAAACGCGAUCAGGUUAUCUCACGUUCGGCAAAAUGCCGAGCUUUAACUGGCGUAUCGUGCUAUUCGUUAUCAUCUGCGUAUCACUCGGCCACGCCCUGGAGUGUUACGUUUGUACAGAUCAAGAGGGUAAUCGAGACAAAUGCCUGAACACCAUUCAAACCUGUGGCCAAGAGUACGAUUCCUGUUACACGGAAAUUAAAUGGGGAAGUACACCAUACUGGUCACAGGGUGCACAGAAACAAUUUUAUGUCUCCAAAAAUUGUACCAGCAAGGAAGAAUGCAUGAAGCGACAGCGGAAUAACAUGCCUGAUUGCACACAUAUAUGGUACCAGGACUGGAAAUGUUCAGAUUGUUGUCAGGGUGACAGAUGCAACUAUUAUAUUGUAGUAUACAACAUGAAGUGGAAAUUCAGCAGCGUGUACAAAGCGUUCAGUCGCAAGAAAGUGGUGGACCUCAACGUGGACACGAAGCUGGCGCGACGUUUGUCGACUCUCGACCUCACGGCCUUGGGAAUCGGCUCCACUCUGGGAGUUGGUGUCUAUGUUCUAGCUGGAUCUGUUGCAAAGACCGUCGCUGGCCCGGCGGUAGUGAUUUCAUUCGCUAUUGCCGCGGUGGCAUCGAUGUUCGCAGGCUUCUGUUACGCCGAAUUCGGCGCACGAGUGCCACGCGCUGGAUCCGCGUACGUGUACAGUUACGUCACUAUGGGCGAAUUCGUGGCGUUUAUCAUCGGCUGGACCCUGAUUCUGGAAUACGUAAUCGGUACAGCCAGCGUUGUGCGUGGUCUCAGCACGUACGUCGACGCGCUCUUCAAUUACACCAUGAAAAAUGCCUUCACAUCGGCGGCGCCGAUCGAUAUCGAGUUCAUGUCACCGUACCCGGAUUUCUUCGCUUUCGCCAUCACCCUGGUGUUUGCAGCCGCGCUUGCCUUUGGAGCCAAGGAAUCCACGUUAGCGAACAACAUCUUCACGCUAGUAAACCUUGGCGUCGUGCUCUUCGUCGUUAUUGCUGGAUCCUUCAAAGCUGACAUUAAGAACUGGGAAACGCAACGUGAGUGCACAAAAGAGGAUUGCGAAUAUGGAACCGGCGGAUUCGCUCCUUACGGUAUCGAAGGUAUUAUAGCCGGUGCAGCAAAGUGCUUCUACGGAUUCAUUGGUUUCGACUGUGUGGCCACCACGGGAGAAGAAGCCAAGAACCCACAGAGAUCCAUCCCGGUCGCCAUCGUCGCAUCUUUGACGGUUGUCUUCUUAGCAUACUUCAGCGUUUCGGCUAUACUCACGACCGUACUGCCUUAUUACGAGCAAGAUGCCGACGCGCCGUUUCCACAUUUGUUCGUAAUGGUAAAUUGGGAAUGGGCGAAGUGGGUCGUCUCGAUCGGCGCAAUUUGCGGGCUUUGCUCCAGUUUGUUAGGCGCAAUGUUCCCGCUGCCACGGGUGAUCUACGCUAUGGCUUCGGACGGUCUGAUAUUCACAUGGAUGGGAAAAGUGAGCUCGCGAUUCCAGACACCGCUGAUGGGCACGUUGAUCGCUGGAUUGCUCACAGGUAUCUUAGCGGCGAUAUUCGAUCUUCAGCAAUUGAUUGAAAUGAUGAGUAUCGGCACGCUGCUCGCGUACUCGAUCGUAGCGGCUUGCGUACUCAUUCUAAGAUACGAAGAGAGCGAAGCGUAUGAAAAAAAAGGUGACCAUGAUCCAAGGACUUUUACGUUCAUCGCGAAGCAACUGGUGAAUGCGAAUAAAUUGAAUUAUUCCACAAAACUCACUUCACAAAUCGUUACUGCUCUUGUAUUUUGCUACGUCAUCCUUUGUGUCUGCAUUUCCAUUCUCAUCUCGUUCUACAGCCAAGAGAUCAGCGCCGGUAAAGCGACGUUCAUUGUGCCACUCGUCAUUCUAGCCAUUGUACUUCUAAUUACACUCUGCUUCAUAUACCUGCAGCCAGUUUCCGGCAAGCAGCUCUCGUUCUCGGUUCCCUUGGUGCCAUUCUUGCCGGCAAUCAGCAUCCUUGUCAACAUUUAUUUAAUGAUGAUGCUGGACGUAUCGACGUGGAUACGAUUCGCUGUGUGGACGGCAAUUGGUCUGUGCAUGUAUUUCUUUUACGGCGUAUGGCACAGUAACACACAACAAAGAAGACUACCGACAACCAAUAACAUUAACAGCGAGUAGAAAGGCAGUGAUCCUCCACAAGUUACAUGAUACAUCAAAGUCAAGUCAUUCACACACACAUAAUUGUCAACAUAUAUUUCGUUAUAAACUUAAUUUAUUAAUUAGAAUGUAAUAUUGACUAGUAUAAGUUUAAGAAAUAAAAUUAUAUAAUGUUUAAAUAAGUAUUAGGUCAUCUACGAUACUGUGUAAACCAAGUAUUAUUUAAAUUUAUUCCGUUUUAUAUUUAAUCCAACAUUAACUAUAAUAUGCGCUACAAUAUACGUGGAACUUUAACAAUCUUACAUAUUAAAGAUAAAACCUACGUACUAGCUUGCAUUAAUCAUCAAAGUCAGAUAAAUCUAUUCGUAUUUUAAAAAGAAAAGAAUGCAAUUACUCAUAUGGAAUUAAAAUUACAAAAAUA